CAGGAAAACAAAAUGGAUACCCCUUGCUCAUCCGGCUCCUCACCACCGGACCUCACCAUUUCUACCACUAAAAAGUGCCCGGUUUGCUAUAAGCCGCCCCAUGGGAUUCAUUUCGGAGCGUACACCUGUCGAGCUUGUGCGGUGUUUUUCAGGAGAUUCGGAGCUUCAAACAAUCUCAAGCCAUGUAAAAAGAACAAUGUUUGCGAUUUUUACAAAAAUGGAUAUGUGAGCUGUAAAAAGUGUCGAUUAAAAAAAUGCUUCGAAAUUGGGAUGAAAAUUGAGAACUUUCAAUUCGAAAGGGACCCAUACAAGAGAAGUUCAAUAUGCAUCAGUCUAGCUGGAAGAAUUCCACCGACGCUUGAAACAUUCCUUGCUCGACCAAGCUUUAUAAUUCUCACUGCUCCACCAAAAGAUGCACAAAAUCCCAAGGUCUAUAUCGAUGUCAAAUUUUUGAUUGACAAGUCCUACGGGGAGUUACUAAAGGGCAUUGAAACACCUAUUCAAACGUCGAAUAUUUUGAAAAAGCUGGCUUUGGGUUUACAGCAAGUCCGGGGGUCUCAGAGAAAAGUAACGAAACGGCUAGAAAAAUUCGGAAAAGAUGAAAUGUUUGCAAUGUGGGAAAAUGAUAUGCUGAAAGUUGCCAAGUGGUUCACCUACUUUGAAGAUUUUCAACAGUUUUCUUCGGAAUUUCAGAUAGAGAUUAUUAAAAAAGUUUGGAUUGUCUGGAAUGGUUUGGAAAAGCUGGCAACUACCGCCAAAAUGAGAAAGCGGAUGAAUUGUGAUGAUAUUCUUAUGGUAUUACAAAUGGAAAAUGAUCUAGUGGCUUGUGGGAAGUCGGUAGAGUUCGACUUAUCUUGGUGCUCAAAUUACAAAGCGGAGCAGUUUGCAUUCAUCGAUUCAAAUUGGAACAAACAUGAAGAGCUGCUGGAAUUGAUGGUACAACUCAACCCAACAGAUGAGGAACUUUGUUACAUGCUAUGUCAUUUGUGUUUCCAACAAAUUAGCAAACAAUGUGACGGGCAAAUACUUGAAGCCGUUGAGCAAUUUCAAGAUUCUAUAUCAAAUCAUUUACACGACUAUUACUUGAACCAUUUGUCCCGCCCGAAUUAUUCCGGAAGGAUUGCUGCUUUGAUGAAGCUUAAUAGUAUUGCUCAGCAAUUCAUCUACCAAGACCAAAUAAAUGUGGAGAUUUUGAAAGUGUUCGAAGUGUUUUUUGUAAACUUUUCCCAUCCGGAAUUAUUUAUGAACUACCAAUAACGAAUUCAUAAUCUGUAAAUAAACACCUAUAUUCUUGGCACAUUUUUGCUCUUUUUCUAAAGUACCAAGUGCUCUUCGCACCUAUUGUUUGCACUACAAACUACACU